AAUAACAGAUUAAUGAUGAGCAACAAUAACACACCGGAUUUAAAAAUAAUACUAGAGUUCAGUGCUGGGGCAGAGCUGCUAUUUGGCAAUAUCAAACGACGUGAAAUCAGUUUGGAUGGCACGCAAAAAUGGACCAUUGCCAAUUUGCUGAAGUGGAUGCAUGCCAACAUUUUAACGGAGCGAGCAGAGCUAUUCAUACAAGGAGACACAGUGCGGCCUGGCAUAUUAGUGCUGAUCAAUGAUACAGACUGGGAGCUGCUGGGUGAGCUGGAGUACGAACUACAGGCGAACGAUAAUGUUUUAUUUAUAUCCACACUGCACGGCGGCUAACACAGACCGCUGUUAAGUAACAGAGACUGUCAUGUUAACUAGUAGACGUAAAGAG